AUGAACGGAACUUUUACUCACCCAGAAUAUCUCACAGUGACAGAGACUUUCUGGUUCAUACACCCAGUUAAGGAUGUGGAGCCGACUGAUCUGAGUAAAGACCCAGAUUAUUCAGGCAGAGUCGAGUUUUUCACUGAUAAACAGAAACACUUCUCCCUCAAACUGAGUGAGGUAAUGAAGAAGGAUGAACAUCAUUUCUACUUCAGAAUCAUAACAAAUGUAGAAAAAGAAAGAUGGGCAGGUGAACCUGGAGUUCAGCUCAGAGUUACAGAGCUCCAUGUAGAAGCUCCUGAAGAAGUGACCGAGGGACAAACAGCAGAUCUGACAUGUAAGACCACCUGUAGUCUGACUGACCCAACAUUCAUCUGGUACAAAAAUGGACAUCCUUUAACCACAAAGACCAUCAAGAACAACCAGCUCCACCUGCAGACGGUCAGCAGUGAGGAUGCAGGCAGUUAUAGCUGUGCUGUAGGAGGAUCUCAACACCUCCGCUCUACUGCUCACAGCCUCAGAGUCAGAUAUCCUCCAAAGAACGUCUCAGUGUCCAUCAGUCCCUCUGGUGAAAUAGUGGAGGGCAGUUCAGUGACUCUGACCUGCAGCAGUGAUGGAAACCCACCUGUGAAGAACUACAUCUGGUUUAAAGAAGGUGGAACCUCACCUGUAGGAUCUGGACACAGUUCCAUCAUUAACAUCACUGCUGACCACACUGGACUGUACUACUGUGAAGCUCAGAAUGAUCAUGGAGCUCUGAAUGGAACUGUGAUGGUCACUGUUAAGAGUCAGAGUUGGUCUGCAGUCUGGUUUGCAGUGGGAGGAGGAGGAGGAAGUUUUCUCCUUAUGACUGUCCUAAUCUGCAUCUGCAGUUUUCACAGAAUGAAGAAAACAGCUGCUGGACCUGAUCACAGUAAAACAAGACAGGAUGAUGUCCUCUACACCAACGUUACACACCGCACAUCCAGACCUGCACAGGCUGCUGACUCUGCUGACUCUGCAGCUGCUGAUGUUCUGUAUGAUGAAGUGACCAGCACUGACCAGCAGGGGGAGCCCCAAUAUGCCAGUGUUACAUUCCACCACCACACAGCUGCCCCUGGGUCAACAACUCAGAAUGUGGAAGAUCCCUCAGUGAUUUACAGCACAGUCAGAAAAGACUAGAUCUGCUAUACAGAGAGAGAGAGAGAGAGAGAGAGAGAGA